CCCAGACGCGCCGCUCCCGGGUGCCGGUGGGUCCGGGGCAGCGGGCGAGGCGGCUCACGGGGCAGGGCCCGUCCGGGGCCGGAGGAGCGCCCUCCCGAACAGCCCCCGCGGCGCCUGCUCGCGGCUCUAGGGGGAAGGGGAGGAGGAAACGCGGGUGGGGACGGGACGGGACAAGCCCUGCUGACGGUGACUGCACCCGGCAGAGCGGAGCGGAGCGGAGCAGAGCGGAAAGGCGCGGAGGGCCGGCGGGCACGGCUCGGGACGAUAUAAUGUCUGCUCCAAGUGGCAACCCUGUCCCAUCUGCACCACCUUCUUAUGAUGAGGCUGUAGGAAUCAAUAUGAACUAUCCUCACCCCUAUCCCGUCCCUGGCCCUGGACAGAAGCCAGAUGAGAAGGGAAUGAACCCUCCCCCAUACAUGGGACAGCCUCCACCAGCAAGUAACCCCAUUACUGUUCAGACGGUGUAUGUGCAGCAUCCAGUAGUAUUUUAUGACCGCCCAGUUCAGAUGUGCUGCCCUUCCUGUAACCAGAUGAUAGUGACGCGUCUCUCCUAUGAUUCCGGAGCUUUGACCUGGCUGUCAUGUGGUGGCCUCUGCCUGCUGGGGUGUGUAAUGGGCUGCUGCCUAAUUCCCUUCUGCAUUGAUGCCCUAAAGGAUGUGGAUCACACCUGUCCGAAAUGCAAUGCUCUUCUUGGUUCUUACAAACGUUUAUAGGCAGUGUUUAAACAUGGAUUGAUGAAGUUGGUUAGCACCUCUACAAGCCCUCUCUGAAGCUUCAUGGAGACUUCCUGUUUUUUCUGUGCAUCCUAUCACUGGAAACCAAUAAAAAGUAAUGUUUAUUUCUAGGUGGUUUGAAUAUGCAUUUGCUUGAGAGGAGUUUCACUUAGGUCUGUAAAAAGUAUACAUUAUCUGUAUGGGCCACUCAGUCCAGCACCAGUUGAGAGUAAUGGAAUGUUUCCCUUUUUGCUUUAUACAAAACAGGUUGGUGAUGUUUUUCAGUUMAUCAUGUCUCAGUCAUGUUGCGCACUGUGCUUGCAUUGAGACUGUAAAGUCUCAGCACAGAAUGAGAGGAGGAUGUGUAUGGCAAAGUGUUCAGGCUCAUGGUUGAUGUUGAUGCUUUGGCMGCAGCAGUGUUUACAAAUUGGCAAGGAGUUGCCUUAGAGACAGGUACUCCUCUUUGAAAAAAGGAAUGGUUUGUUGUCAUCUUUUCACGAGCACUAGAAUUCACUUUAAAACUUUCUGAGUUGGAAGAGAACCAAACCUAAAGGCUACUUCAUUCUUGGAGGUAGCUUUUCCAAAUGAAUAGCUCAGGUUAUUGUGCAAAAAUAGGGAUUGAAUCUAGUAUCUUAAUUUUCUUACCAGUUUCAAGUCUAGUUGUAUCUGUAAUCUGAAGUAAAGAUCUUCAWACAGAAGAUAUUUGUUCAGUGUUUUUUUGUUUGGCUGGAGGUUUUUGUACUGCUGAUUGAAAGUCUGUGAAAUGCUGGUGGAAAUGCCCAGAGAGCCUUGAUUAUAACAUCAGAAAACUUCCUUGUGCAUUUACGUAAGUCAGCUGAUCAAUCAUAAACAAACCCCAGCCUUAUCUUAAGGCUUGAAUUCCACCUGAAACAGAUAAAGAGCCUGGACUUUUGUUUUUCUGCUUGUUAAUUAGUGUUUCUUUAUUAAGAAGGUAAAAUGUUUGUUAAGGAGUUUCUCUUGUUUUUCUAAAUUAAAUGAAAGAUGYGUUUUGCUUUCAGAAACCUAAGUUGGAUGUGCUUAUUUAAGGUGAUGAUCACAAAAAAAAGUUAGGAAAUGAAACUCUGAAAAUAAAAGAAUUUCCUUGUCAUAAGCAGCAGACUUGAUCAAACAACAUCUUGAUGUAUUUCACAGAAUCAGAAUUACAAAAUCAGCUAGGCUGGAARAGAGGUUUGAGAUCA